AUGCGAUCAAGGUCCCUAUUCAGAGUUUCUAUUAAUCCGGACAAAUCAAUAAAACCGGUCCGAACUUCCUCAUUGGAUAGACGGACAUUUCUCGAGCCGCCGAGACUCACCAAAUCCGGCUCUAAUAGCUCUGCAAGAUCGGAAUCAUGUGUGAGACCGGCAUCAAACGUUAAACCGUCAUCCAGCUUCAGAAGCUUGUUUUCGAAUGUGAGCCGGAAACAACCAGAACAGAAAAUCUCUGGCCGAGGCAUACUAGAUUUACCUUCAGAAGUUAUUCAGAAUGUUCUCAGUUACUCCGAUAUUAGUGUGUUGGAUCGGGUAAACCUUUCGCGGACAUGCUCGGGACUUCACUUUUGCGUCCUUCAAAGCAUUUACAAGAACUUCGAGCUCAAAAUCGCCUAUCGAAGACAGCCCCAAUUCAAACUUCUUAUUCAUAAAAAAGGCAAUUCCGAAGUUUUUAAUACAUUUAACAGAUAUAAACAUAUGAUAAGAUCUCUUCGAGUCGUUUUCGAAGACGUAACGAACCAAGUUGCAGGGCACUCGAGAACACUAUACCGAAACGGCGAAUAUACAUUCUCUGAGUUAGAUCUUGACGAACUAUUUUGGCUUCUUAGCGGCUGCGGGCAGGUCAGAAGUUUUGGCAUUAUAGCACCAAAAGAUUCGCCCUUCAACCCCAAUAUCGUACUUAAACUGGUCCAAAAUGCAAUUUCCAACAUCCCACGCCUCGAUGACCUUAGUAUACAAUGCCGGCCCUGUAAAUUCGAUCUUUUUGACUUUCUGGAUGGUCUUAUAUCAGAAGACGAAACAAAAUUCGCAACUCUAGAUUCAUUGGCAGUUUCUUUCCACGGGCUUUUUGAUGGUAAUUCGGCGAAUGAUAAGAUAUUCGAAGCACUUUACAUGGCCUUAGGAAGUGCAAAGGAGAAUAUAACCAAACUUCGUUUAUCCGUUUCUACAGACGAAGGACCCCAAAAGACAGCUCAGUGCUGUAGUCUUCACCGACCGUUCGAUCACAAACAACCAAUGCUUGAUGUGGCCGCUGGUGUCCAGUUUCCAAGAGUGUACCAGGUGGAGCUUGGCGUGGGUGGCACUUUCAAAUGUCCAGAACGGUGGCUAGGCGUGGAUUACUACAACAUUACCAAGUUAGUCAUACGUAGCGAGCUGAAGGCACAUAUUUUCGAUAUCAAGGCAUACCUUGGAAUGUGGCGUUUUCAAAAUGUGAAGGUUUUGGAACUUUACUACCAGUCCGACAGUAGAGACGAACAAACGGUUUGGGCGUUUGCUAAGGAGAUGAUCCCCCUGUUUCGUAAUCUAUCCAAAGCAAAGAUUGGAGAAACUUGGUCAGAAGUUUUCCGAUACUGUGGUAUGAAAUCGACUGCGUUGAAGACAGCCACCGCAGUAUACAUGUAUAUGCCUCAACAAGGUACUAGGGUGGGUUCCCCGUAUACGUUGAAGAGGCUGUACUAUUACGAGGAUGUAAAGAUUGGCGACCCUCUUUCGGCCUAG